AUGGCUUUGCAGAAUGAUGUAUUAAUUAUAGCUAUUAUCAAACGAUCUCUGAAUUUGAGACAUAUAGAAAUUAGUGGUAAUGAUAUUGAUGAUGAGAUUACUGAAGCGUUGGCCCAUAUUUGUCAUAAAUUGGAAUAUCUUGAGCUAGAUGGUUGUUCAUUUGUCAGUGAACUAUCAAUUU